GAAUUAACCAAAUCUCAUACUAUAACAUAUGUGGAUCUUAAGCAAGCGGUAGAUGAUUUAAAAGAACCCCGAAAUCACACCUGGUUCUAAAUGUUCACCGAAACUACUAAUAAAAAAAAAAUUAAAAAAAACAAUGAUAAUAAUGCAUGCCUAGUAUUAAGAAUAUAAUCUCAUAGGUUCCAGUUAAAUAUCCUUAGAUUAUAAGAGUAGAGUAAAAUUGUAAGAGAGCAAGAUAAAAGAGUUUGACCGUAGGUAGUCCGACACAAGAAGGAGAUUCAGCAUAAACCCUAGAAAUUCGACGACACGAUGCCUACUGUAAAUCAGCACUGGGUUUCCAUAAUUUGGCCAGUUAAAGACAAUGGCAUGCUAUAUAACUUAACAUGGCAACAACCAAGGAACAACUCUAACCCGAUACACAUAUGGUGGGUUAGUCACGACACAAACACCGUAAACAAUAUCUCGACGACAAUGACGUCAGUUCUCCUCGCCAUGAACUGCGAAGAACGCCAAACGAUAAGUCUCAAGCAAUAUGACUCUAUGCGAGCGUUUGUUGAACAAUCACAAACACUCGUAUAUCAACCAAGGUGCUCAUUAACGCAAAAUUUCAAGGAGCUGGAGCAGUACAAUGAUAUUCUAAUCAUUGUGUUUGGCCUGAUCAUCAUUAAUAUACUGUUGUUUUGCAUGAUCAACCUGUACCGAGGGGCUCCACAACACAAAAAUCCAUCCAGUGGGGACGCGCAAUCCACGCUCACAACACCAACCUCUCUGGAAGUACCCUCAACUUCCCCAGAAGGCUUCACCUCGUUGGCACGAACUCCCUCCAACAUAACAUGGCGGUCCAACUACAAGGAGAACCCCGUCUAUAUGGCGAACAAGGGAACAGCAGCCGGUUAUGACACCCCGAGACCAGCCACGAAAUUUCGAGGAGAGGCUAUCAACAACGAACACCAGACAGCCCGAGUAUAUGAAGCCAUAGAGCAGAUCACUUGCAUCCAGACGAGCCCAUCGCCAACAAAUACAACAGAGAGGCAAACCAUCGAAACGCCUCCUCGCCCUCAUACAUACUCCAACGUGCACAUAUAUCAAGGCGUGACUCCUCGGUAGUCAUUCAGUUGCCCACCACCACAACCUUGGACCAAGAGAGUGAGACUAACAACCCAGGAGCCCGUCAAAUCCAAACGACCCAUAGAAAUGCAUCACACUUGACACCUCCAGAAGAGCGCAUUCUAUACAAAUAGAGUAGCUCUCGGAUUUACACGGCAAAAUAAUAUUCUCAAUCUCAAUGAUCAACUUAGUUCGAGCAUUCAACCAGAUCCCUGUUGCAAAAGAAGAUGUCCCAA